UGGCUCGAUCGAGAGGUGGCCAAGUAUUCUUUCCGUCGUUCUCAUCUUCUGUACAUUCCUAGGUUGAUAAGACUGAUGUGGCAGACUUCAGCCCAGAGUGACAGAUCCAUAGAUCCCGAUACCAAAAACAUCUUUAACGGUCUUCCACUGGUGGCCUGCCCACAACGCGUUUCCGCUCUUCGAGGCCACUUCGUCAGAUACACCUUUGACGCCCCGGCCAGUGGUCGCCAGACCCUGGUCAGCGACGCUCAUCAAGAACACCUUCAGUGCCCCGAGGGAUCGAUAGCCAGCAAUCCGGUCGCCUUCGAUGCGCACGAU